AGGCUGCGCUCCGGGCAGGGCCCCGCAGAGCUGCGAGUGGUGGGGCCGCUGCGGCUGUUCGGGGAGCCGCCGCUUUCUGGGGAGGUCAGCCCUCCUUCCGAAGGUCUGUGCUUCGCCCGCGCCGCGGAGUGCUGGCUAUGAGAAUUCUGUGGCUGGCGCUGUGCGCUCUGGCGCGGUUGCGGCCCGGAGCCCUGGCGGGCUGCGUGGAGUCUGGGCGCUGCUGCCCCGGCCGGGACCCCGCCUGCUUCGCCCGCGGCUGGAGGCUGGACAGGAUCUAUGGGACGUGCUUCUGCGACCAAGCCUGCCGCCUCACCGGGGACUGCUGCUUCGACUACGCCACGGCAUGCCCAGCUCGCCCGUGCAUCGUGGGGGAGUGGAGCCCCUGGAGUGGCUGUGCUGACCAGUGCAAGCCGAUGGCCCGCGUGCGGAGGCGCCUGGUGCAGCAGGAGCCCCAGAACGGUGGGGCGCCCUGCCCUGCCCUAGAAGAGAAAGCCGGCUGCCUGGAGUACUCGACACCGCAGGGCCAGGACUGCGGGCAUGCUUUUGUCCCUGCCUUCAUAACUACCUCUGCAUUCAACAAGGAGAGAACAAGACAAGCUGUCUCCCCACAGUGGUCUACAGACACAGAGGACACUGGAUACUGUAUGGAGUUCAAGACCGAGUCAUUGACUCAUCACUGCGCUCUGGAAAACCGUCCCCUAACAAGAUGGAUGCAGUACCUACGAGAGGGGUAUACAGUGUGUGUCGAUUGUCAACCUCCAGCCAUGAACUCUGUGAGUCUCCGUUGUUCUGGAGAUGGCCUGGAUUCUGAUGGAAAUCAGACUCUCCACUGGCAAGCAGUUGACAAUCCUCGAUGUCAAGGAACUUGGAAAAAAGUUCGGCGAGUAGACCAGUGUUCAUGUCCAGCUGUGCACAGUUUUAUAUUUAUAUAGAUUGCAAGGUAAAUAUCAUAAAAUCUGUGUGUAAACAUGAUAAAUAUUAUCAAGUAUGUUCAACGCUUCAUAAACCUUUAAAAACUGUGUGGCCAAAUUUGUGAACAUCAUUGCCACACUGGAAAAAGAAAAUUGAGGGACCAGUUCUCAGUAAACACAAUACCUUUUUUUUAUUUAUAGUGAGCUGAGGACCCACUCUAAAGUCUCCUGUGAUUUUCUGUCCUUGAUCUUCUACAUAGGGGACCCUCAUUCUACAGGCAGCCCAUGUGACACAAAAUACAUGUCUGUUUGCACUAAAAUUACUAGAACAUGGUCCACUUAUUGGUGAAUACGUUGUCAUUUAAGGUUAUCUAUGCUUUGGAUCUUGCGUUUCUCUCCUUUUCUGUAAUCUUCAAAGCUUCUUGCUUUAAAAAUGUAUACUAUAUAUGUACAUUCUUACAUAAACAUUUCUCAUAUAUUAUUCCACAAAUUCUGAAAUGAUUCAUUUCAAGCAAAUUUUCACAAAUAAUUUUCCACAGGACAAAUUAUUUAAGAUUUAGCAAGCAUUCUGUAAUAAAAAAUAGCUAUGCUAAAAAUACUUUUUUUUGAAGAAAUAUUCUUCAGUUAAUUGAAAAGAUCAACUGUUCAUUCUAGAUCAGUAUGAGUUCCUUUAAAUGUUAUACUUUUCAUAAUGAGAAAUUUUGGCACCAGUGAAUGAAACAAUUGUUUUAAUUAUGAAAAUUCUACCAUCAUUAGUAUCUAAGAUUAUUUCCAUGGCUAAAGCCUGAAGCUGACUCAAACAGUCUUUCAAAGUCCAGUGUCAAGUUAAGUUGAAGUAAACUUAUUACAAUACUUGUUUUCUAUUUUGUGAGUAUUCAUUUUAUGUUUUGAGUAGAUGGCAGAGGAAUAGAUUAUCGAAGGCUGGAUUUUAUUACAAAUACUCUGAUCUCACAUGCAAACACACAUAAUAUUAGUCUUAUUUAAUGGUUGGGAAAUCUAUGAACCAGAGACCAAAUGGCUUGUUUAAGCACCUGGGAUGACAGGUCAUUCUGCAAGUCAGCCACAGAGCCAAAUCUCUGUUUCUCCUGCCAAACCCAGCUUUGAUGAAAAGCCAAAUUGUGUCAAAGACUGGGCUGUAAAGGCUAAGCCCUUUUCAUUUUCGGAACAAAUCUUAAAUUCAGGAUAUUUUCUUUGGAGAAUUGAAAUUCAAGAUUUAAACUAUAUGAAAUUCCUUCAGUUUCAUUUGUUUAAAAUAUUAUUAAUUAACAAAUUAUUUACUAAAAUAUGUAUUUCUUGGUACUUAUUAUGUGAUGAUAGGAUGACAAUAGCAAACUUAAUAGAGAUGGAAAAGUGCCCAAUAUGUAAUGCUGAGAGUAGCAAUAUUUCUGACUAAAUAUUCAUUUAACUGUCAAAGUUGUUUUUUGUGGUAAACUAAAUUCUUCAGAUAUUAAUAAUAAAAAUUUUGUAUCUCCUCAAGGUUAAGAUUUCAACCAUCAGUUCAGUAUUAACAUUUUAAGACCAUUUCUAACAUUUGUAAAGCAAGGUUUUUGAAAAUAUACCUGGGUAAUUUUCAAUGAUGCUUAAAAUUUUUGUACCAGUAAAUAAACUUUUUGUUCACAUUUUAAAAA